AUGUACUAUAGUCUUGUCUUCUUUGUUCUUGCAUGCGUUUCGUGUCGUCCAACAUUGGGAGCGAAGGAUAUCAACCUAGUCAACGUGCCCGUCGUGGAAAAUGGACUACUUGUCGCAGCAGAAACGACGUCAGUGGCUGUCCAAACUAUUACUACAGUGCUGGUCUCGUCACAGGGCGUAGUGACACCAACGGCCAGCGAUUCUACUGUCCACACAGCAUCGUCUACAACGGUAGCAGCACCAAGCCCGUCAAAUGCAGCCUCUUCGGAGAAAAACGAGUUUUACAACGGAGCUGCAGGCAUAGCGUAUUCACCGUACCAGAGAGAUGGCCAAUGCAAGACUUUAGAGAUGGUGCGCUCAGAUAUUAGCCAGAUCCAGAGUUUUGGUAUCAUCCGCACUUACGCAACGGAUUGUAACGUCUUGGACAAUUUGAAAGCAUCGUUGGCACCGUCUCAAAAAAUCAUGGUGGGAAUCUGGGAUCUCACCAAAAUUUCCGAGAGUGUGAGUGCGAUUUCGGCAGCAUUUGGUACAGAUUUCAGCGCUGUCUACGCGAUUUCUGUGGGCAACGAGCUUGUGAAUUCGGGGUCGGCAACCGUGGGCGACAUUCAAAAUGCGGUGAGCAGCGCUAGAAGCCAAUUAGCCGGGAUCGGAUACCACGGGCCCGUCGUGACAGUCGACACACUGGUGGCCGUAAUGGCGAACCCACAGAUGUGCGACGUUUCUGAUUUUUUGGCUGUGAAUUCCCAUCCGUACUGGGAUGGCAACGUAGACGCCAGCAAUUGUGGGCCGUGGCUACAACAGCAGAUUGCGAAUUUACAGUCCAAGUGCGGGUCUCAAAAGCCGGUUUUGAUCACCGAAACGGGAUGGCCGACCCGGGGAGACGCCAACGGCAACUGCCAGCCUUCCCAGGCCAACAUGGAGACCUGCAUAGCGUCGAUAACCAGCACGCUGGGGUCCCAAACGCUGUUAUUUACGACCUACAACGAUUAUUGGAAGAGCCCCGGCGCGCAAAACGUCGAACAAAAUUGGGGUGUUUUUGGCGAUCCGGCCAACUAG